CCCCUGCAAGAGCAGCAAAUGCUCCUAACCCUGGAGCCAGUUCUCUGGCCCUCAGUUCUUUUAAUCAUGUGACUCACAUUAGAUUUCUGUUAGUCCUAGUUUACAGCAAUGUGAUGUGUAAAGAAAGAGCUGGGAGAAAACAAGAGAGGGAGUUCCUGAACUGAGUGGCGGUCAGGAAGAAGUCACCUGCCAAUCAGGCUGUCCUAGAGGGUGGUAUCCCCAGGCAGGGCAGCUGAUGGAGUGGAAAUAGCAGCAGGAUGUGUUCCCAGGCAGCAGAUGGGAGGAAAACAGCAUCGCAAAAAAGCUUGUUGAUACUUCAGAAUAAGGAGCUUCAGAAUAAUAACUGUAUUUGAAUUCCAAGUGAUAAUUAUGACCUGUAUUAUCUCUUUAAAAAUUUCCAAGUGUUCAUUUCACGAAUUAUAAUAACCACUUUAUUUAGCUCUUAUAAGGAUUAAAUAGCAUAAUACUUAGAACUUAGGACAGGAGCACAUUAAAGGUGCUUUAUGUUAACUUUCUUAACAAGUAAAAAUAAGAGGAUGGCACUUUGGAAGUUACUGUUGACCGAGGAUGAGUAAAUGUGGUGCCUUUAGGGGCUGCGCUGAGACGAGGUACCUCGUAUGUGAGGCUGAAAUAGUUUACACUUCACGCUUCAUAGCAUUUUCUAGCCACCUAGACUUCCGUUCCUCUGCACUGCGACCUUCGUUUAACCUUCUGGAGCCACUCUUUACUUAUCUGUGAAAGAAGGAUGAUAAUCAUUCAGACUUUUAUGACAACGAAAUUAGACAGUACAUGAAAAAGGGAUGGAUCCGUUCAGUCAGAUCCCAGAAGGACGUGUUGUUCCUGCAUGUAAAUGACGGAUCCUCUUUGGAAAGCCUUCAGAUUGUUGCUGAUUCAAGCUUUGACAGUAGAGAAUUGGCUUUUGGAAGUUCUGUGCAAGUCCAAGGGCAGCUGGUCAAAAGUCAAUCCAAAAGGCAAAAUGUGGAAUUGAAGGCAGAAAAAAUUGAGGUUAUUGGAAAUUGUGAAGCCAAGGUGUUCCCUAUAAAAUAUAAGGAGAGGCAUCCUCUGGAGUACCUGAGACAGUACCCUCACCUGAGGUGUAGGACGAAUGCUCUGGCUUCCAUUUUGCGGGUUCGCAGUGAAGCCACAGCUGCUAUUCACUCCUACUUUAAGGACAAUGGCUUUGUGCACAUUCACACCCCGGUAAUCACAUCCAAUGACUGUGAAGGGGCUGGAGAGCUCUUCCAAGUGGAGCCUUCAAGCAACAUGAAGGUACCUGAGGAGAAUUUCUUUGAUGUUCCCGCCUUCUUAACUGUCUCAGGACAACUUCACCUAGAAGUGAUGUCAGGAGCCUUUACCCAAGUAUUUACCUUUGGUCCAACAUUCCGAGCUGAGAAUUCUCAGAGCCGGAGACACCUGGCUGAAUUUUACAUGGUUGAAGCAGAGAUUUCUUUUAUUGAAAGCCUGCAGGAUCUGAUGCAGGUCAUGGAGGAACUCUUCAAGGCGACCACCGAGGUGGUUCUCUCAAACUGUCCUGAAGAUGUUGACCUGUGUCACAAAUUCAUAGCUCCUGGCCAGAAGGAUAGACUAGAACGUAUGCUAAAAAACAGCUUCCUAAUCAUUUCUUAUACAGAAGCAAUCGAGAUCUUAAAGCAAGCAUCCCAGAACUUCACCUUUACACCCAAGUGGGGUGUUGACCUACAAACUGAACAUGAGAAGUACCUGGUGAAACACUGUGGCAACGUACCAGUCUUUGUCAUUAACUAUCCAUUAUCACUCAAGCCCUUCUACAUGCGGGAUAAUGAAGACGGUCCUCAGCACACAGUUGCUGCUGUUGAUCUUCUGGUUCCUGGAGUUGGGGAGCUCUUUGGAGGUAGCCUCAGGGAAGAACGAUACCACGUCCUAGAGCAGCGACUAGCAAGAUUAGGACUUGUGAAAGCCUACCAGUGGUACCUGGACCUUCGUAAGUUUGGACCUGUGCCACAUGGAGGCUUCGGGAUGGGAUUUGAGCGCUACUUACAGUGCCUCCUAGGAGUGGACAACAUCAAAGAUGUUAUCCCCUUUCCAAGAUUUACUCAUUCGUGCCUUUUGUAGCUGAAAGAUUGACCAAUGACAAGUCCCUGAAGCCCAAGACUCCGCACAUGAGCACACAUCUAGAAGACUGGUGUUUGCAGUUUGGAAAUGUGGAUCCAGUGCGUAAUUCCUGGCUAUAGGAAAAAUAGAGAUGAUCUCGAUUUCUUAAAAAGUCAAAGGCUUUUCAUAGACAAAUGAACUCACCCAAGAAGAAAUACUUAGAGCAAGUGGACGUUUCAAGUCUGUGAUCUUAACUAAGAAAAGAAGAAGUAACUGGACCUGUUGUCCAGCUGCUGGAAGGCUGGUACAGGAGAGUAGCUCGAGCUUGGAUAACAUAUCAAAAAAAAAAUAAUAAAAGGGGGAAGACAUUGAAGUCAGGGUCUCAGACUCUUAGACAGGAUGGUAAUGUUUCGUCUUGAUUUGCCUUUCACCGGUACCUCACUUGCCUUUCAGUUUUUUUUUUUUUUAAAAACAUCUAGUGGCUAAAAAUAAGAUGAUGUUGGCUCUUUUCUUUCUUGCCACUUCAGCUGCAGCAAAUGCCAGUCUUCUUCUUGGUGCUUUACUCAACUUUAUAGAAGAAAUUAUUCCCUUUCAGAGUCUUAAUUGAUUAAUGAAGUUGCUAUUCUAAAUUGAAACAUCCAUCACAUUAUUAAAUUAUAUUUAAUAAGGUGAUCUUUUGUUAUAAAAGUUACGGAGAUAACAGUCACUUAAACUGUUUAAUCACUAUUCCAGUUCAUUUGUAUUAGGUGUUUAUAAAUACUCUAAUAGUCAGUAAAAUAAGGUUUUUAAAUUGAUACCUAGCAAAGAAAUUAUUUUUAAAUUCCACGUGAUCUUUCCCAAGUGAAAUUUGGAAGAAAGAUUUCUUUAAUCCAACGUAGGGGUGGAAAUGUGGCCAAACCUAUGGAAUUCUAGACUAUGGAAUAUUCUAGCCUAGUAGAAUGCUACUAGUGUCAGUUUGGGAGCUCAAGGUCUGACAGUUCCAACACUUGAAAAAAUCCACUUAUUUUGUGUCUAGUACUUGCACAGACUUGGACGUGUGUGUGUGUUUGUGUGUGUGUGUGUUUAAAAGUAUGCUUGGUCUGGAAGUGUAGCUCAGCAUUAGCUCCAAGCAUGCAUUUGCCUAGCAAGCUCGGGGCCUUGGUUUUGAUCCACAGCAUGGGUGGGACAGGUAUCACACUUUGAAAAACUUUGACUUGGGCCUUCAUUUAUGUGGACCUAUUACUGUUUGUAUACUCAGUAGAAUUUAAAUGUAUCUAAUUAUAGAAGGACAUGCAUACCUACAAUAAUUAAUUUUUAAAGUUUCAUUAGAUAGUACUUGCAGGUUAAUUAUCUUUUAAUUUAAUUUUAUAUGUAUGUUGUUGUUUUGUCUACAUGCAUGUACACCAUGUGUAUGCCUGGUACCACAGAGGCCAAAAGGGGGCAUCAGAUCCCUGGAAUUUGGAGCUAGAAAUGGUUAUGAGGCAUUAUGUAGAUGCUGGGAAUAGAACCUGGAGCCUCUGGAAGAGCAGUCAGUACCCUUUAACUGCUGAGCCAUCUCUCCAGCCUCUCAGGUUAAUUCUCUUUUUUGGGGGGAGGGGUUAGAGGUAGUAGGGUCUCUCUAUGUAGCCCUGAUUGUCCUGGAACUUGCUAAGUAGACCAGACUGGCCUUGACCUCAGUGGUCUGCCACCAUGCCCGACCCUCUCUUUGGUUAGUUCUUAAUCGGUUUGUUUAAGAGUGAGCUUCAAAACUCAGAGAGUUAAAAGACAUCUAAGAGUUGACUGUGUUGACCUGCCUGAGGCAGAGAGCACCUGGGCCUGGGCCACCUGUUUUUUCUUGAAAAGAUGCUCAUUCCAUUGCCGAAUCUAUAAUCAUUCACUGAAGGCCCAACUCCAGUCUACUUUCCCUGGGCUUACACGCUAAGUUUAGGAAAGGAUAGGAGGGAUAAUUAGGAUUUUCAUCAGACUUACUGCAGCCAUGAUUAGAGAGAGAAGUCCAUUUAUGUAUUCAAAGAAUACUGUUUGAGCUUCUUUUGUAUGUCAUUGUGCGAGGUGCUAAGCAGUUAACAAAACAGAAGUGAUUCUUCAUGGAAUUUAUAAUGUAUUGGAAAGACAUUAGAGAUAAAUGGAUUAUUUCAGAUACGAUAUAGAAAGCUGUGUAAAGAACAGUAAGCUUCUUAGAAAAGUCGUCUUUAGAGAACAGUGAUUUUUUUUUUUUAGCUUUAAACUUGGAUGGCUAAAGACAGAAAACAUUUUUUUUUUAAUUAUUACAUUUGUUUAUUUGUGGGGGCGGGGUGUGCUUGCCAUACGCAGGUGUCAGAUCAGAGAAGAACUUAACCGCACCCCAGAGCCUAUUCCCUCCUGUGGGUCCCAAGGAUCAAACUCAUGCUGUCAGGCUGGACAGCAAAAACCUUUCCCUGCUGAGCCAAGUCACCAGUCUGUAGAAAAUGUGUUAAGACGUUUGCACCAUUGGCUGGUAUUGACAUAGUGCUGAUAAUUUUUGGAAGUAGGGCACGCUCACACACGCACGUGUGCGUGCGUGCACACACACACUCAUACACGCUCACACUCCAGGGAGCUUGGGGAACUAGCAGUUCCAAAUCCACCCAGAAUCAUGCCUCUCAUGAUUUUCAAGAAACUAUUACAGAAUGGCAGGACAUCACAACAGCUGUGAUGGGAAGAGACUGAGUAAGAAGGCCUCAGCACCCAGUUUAUGUGAGCAGUCUUGGGCAAGCAGAAUCACCUGUGUGGUCAGCAACUAUUUCAUCUGUGGAACUCACUACAAAGGACAUAAACUCUGAGGACCCUUCUCUCUCUUAAUCUGUGUUGAAUGUUUUCACUAAGAAUUGUUGAAUCCUUGGGUCCUUUACAGUAGUCCCUAAUGCACACUGAGCUGCUAAAGGUAACUGACAGUUGAACAACAGAUUUGAGCAUGUUCAAUGUGUGCUGUAGGGUUGAAAGGGCUUAGGACAUUAAUGUGUAUUGUUUCACACCUUUUGCUAAGACUAUCAGUAGUGUCUUUUCCAAAGACUUCUUACUUCACUCUUCUUUGUCUGGAUAGUUGUUCGCACAUUGUCCGGUUGAAGCCAAACACUUGUCAUAUGCCUAAGGAUUUCCAUGUUUGGCCCAGCACUUGUAGUUUACCAGUAGUUGGACAAAAACAAAUAUUGGUGUCAGAUGAUGAGAUAUUUGUGAAAAAUGAUGGAAAUACCAGUUAAAACUGGCUUGUAGGUAAUAUAACAGGGAACAACUUAAAAUGUCAGCAGCUAACAUAUAAAAAACUAUGUCUCUGCAUAUAGGAAUAAAAACAUGAUUGUAACAUCAAUAGAACAAAUAGUUGGAUAAAUCAGUGGGCAGAUUUAUUAAACAGACAGUUCGCAAACAAAACGCACAUUUUUAAAAAGAAUAAAUACAAAUGACCAAUAAAUACACAGACAGAAACUGCUCAACACCCUUAGCUAUAAAGGAAAUUAAAAUCAAAACUGCAUUGAGAAUCCAUUUCACCCAUGUCAACAUGGCUGUCAUCAAGAAAAUAACAUGCUGAUGAGGAUGUAGAGAAGAAAUUUAUACACCGUUGGUAGGAAAUCAGCCACUAUGGGAAUCAAUUCAGGAUUCCUUUUUUUUUUUUAAGGCAACUAAAAAUAAAACCACCAUAUGAUCGUGCUGUACCAUUCUUGGAUAUAUACCAAAAGGAAUCAGAAGUAGCGUACCACAGAGAUACAUCACACACAUGCUUGCUUCUGCACUGUCCACAGUAGCCAAGACACAAACAGCCUACGGGGCUGUGAACAAAGGAAACAUGGCGUAGUUACACAGGGGAGUAUUCCAUCCACCUUAAGUGGAAUUAUAUCAUUUGCAGGAAAACGAUAGGACUAGAGUUCAUGUUCAGCAAAAUAAGCCUAACUAAGACAAAUACCACAUACUCUCAUGUAGAAUCCAGAUUUUUGUUUGAUUUGAAACAGGAUCUCACUGUGUGAUCCUAGCUGGCCUAGAACUCAAGGCUGGCCUUGAACCUUAACCCCCCCCCCCCACUCCAGCUUUAAGACUGAAGGCAUAGAAGAGGGUGAAGAGGGUUAUGGAUAUGAUCUAAGUACGUUUUAUACCUGUAUGAAAAUGUGAAGCCAAGCACUUUAAAAGUUCACUAAUGUUAUGCCUCAGUUAACACAGGGAUUGUGUGAAAAGGGUCUGUGGUAGCUUGAGUGAGAAUGACCAUUCUUGGCUCGUAUAUUUGAAUGCUUUGUUGGCAGUUGGCGGAACUAUUUUGGGAAGGAUCAAGAGGUGUAGUCUUGUUAGAGGAGGUUUGUCACUGAGGGUUCAAAAGCCCAGUCCAGGUCAUCUCUUUCUGCCUCUAACUUACAGAUAAGAUAUAAGUUCUGAGCUACUGCUCCGAUGCCUGCCUUCCUAUCGCCACACUCCCAACCAUGAUGAUCAUGGACUUACCCUCUAAAGCUGUUAGCAAGACCCCAAUUUAAUGUUUCUUACAAGUUACCUUGGCCAUGGUUUCUCUUCAUAGCAAUAGAAAAGUAACUGAAGCAAGGUUUCAUGGUGUUACCAAGGCUGGCCUAAACACACUGAUCCCCUGACUUAGCCUCCUGAGUGCUGCUGUUUACAGGUAUGUACAUGAAGCCACAGCUAGCACUACCCUCGUAAGUUCUUUAGGAAAAGAGCAUAAUUCAGUAGUGAAGAACUCAGUAGAUAAUAUCUUCUGUGUGUGUGUGUGUGUGUGUGUGUGUGUAUACAUAGAUUCCUAGAAGCUGAAGGAGGACGUUAGAUUCUCAGAGCUGAAGCUACAGGGGAAUUUUUUUGUGGGACCUCCAAGUCUUUGUGAUUAGACAGCAAACAACUCCUAAGCCAUCUCUGUAGCCCCAUAAGAAUAUUGUUAUAGUGUUUUAUAUGUUAAAAGGUUGAUUUGAGUUGAGCUAGGUUUUUCUUGGGAAAACUGAUUUUCAUUGAGAAAGAAAUGAAAUUCUAUUUACCCAACUUUCUCAGAUAUCACCUCCAAAUGGCAACCCCAGCAAGUCAAGAGUAUAAUCUAAAAGUAUGUUCUAAAAUAUAUAUUUUUUUUCUUUAUCAGUAGUUCCCAUUGAACGUUCAGUUUUUUAUUUUUCCAUCUGACUGUCCUCUUGGCUGGUGGCAGUUGUCAUGAUCUGAGGAGAGCAUAAUUGUGUGAGUAAUCCACUCCAGAUUAAUGCUGUCACCGUCUGACCCAUCCCCGAGACUGCUGAACUCUCACAGAUCCACAGGAGCUGUUUGACCUGUGCCCUUCUCAAACAGGAUCUGUGAAGUGCUUCCCUCUUCAAUUCCAGUGUGUUACAUUCACCUUCUGUAUAAACUGAGUCUAGACAUCAAGCAUGUCUGAACAGGCGUUGAAGAUGCAUUUGGUGAAGUAACCUUGCCUGUCAAAUGUCUUGCUUCAGGUCGUUAAUAGAUGAAAGAUCUUCAUUUGGAUUACACUGCUGUUUACUCAUAUAUUUGUUUUAAGCAAGUGGAUGAAGUGAGAACAUAAAAACACAGUUGAAAGAUGGAUUGAAUUGGUAAGUGUGUGGGGUAUUUUGGCUUCUGAUCAAUAUUUGUGUUCAGUCUAAAAUCUAAGCUAUGUGUAAUUAAAAAAGAAAUCAGUGAUAUUGAUAUCCAAUUUUAACUUCUUUAUAUGACAAGUUAAGAGUUAGGAGAAGCACUAAGAAAUGAGCAAAAAGCAUCCCUGAGCACCCUGUGUUAAAGUGAGUUGGCAGAACUUCCAUAAGCAACAUUUUGCCAGGCUGUGGCCAGCACUGCCUCCUGGGACCUGGAAUGUGUGGUAGCCAGGAACCCAGGGUUCUCUUAUCAGCUGUGGCUCCACAGAGCUCUCAUUCGGAGUCCUGUUUGGAGUGAGUUGUAAAUAUACAGCUUUUAUUAGCACAUAGCGUAGUCUCUGGUAGCCUUUAAGAAAACAAACAAAAAACAACUGCUGCCAGGUGCUUUCUAAACUGACGUUCAGGCAGACUCAUCAGUAAUUUAUUUCCUGAAGACAUAAGUUUAUGUAGUAGUUGUCAGUCUUAUGGCUAUCAUUUGGAUAUCACUGUACAGUUUCUAAAAUGUUUUCAUGUUUUGCAUUUGCUUACUUCAUAAAGCAGUAUAUUGUAGACCUUGUUCCCUUUUAAUGGAGUGGUCUUGAAAUUCACUUGAUUAAAUAAAGGAUAUCUUAAUUAAGAGAGAGAGAAUGAGUACAGAUAAAGUUUACUGCCCUCAGCCUCAAAAGAAACUAAAACCAAAACUUCCUAGUAACCAAAGAAUGUUGCAUUCUAAACCCCAGCAUGUUGUAAAGUGCACCUUUGGCCUCUAGUCUUUUUGUUCUAUAGAGGAAGAAGGAAAUUAAAAUUGGAAAAAACAAAACAAACAAGCAAAAAAAAAAAAAAAAAAAAAAAAAAAACCUUGCCACGAUUGCGCUUAAAUAUAUUCUAGUAAAAAGAAACUGAAAAUAGGGCAAAGGGCACUAGAUGAAGCAAUUUACUUAAGCUUACUCUGCCUCACUUAACCUCAGGAUGAUGUCUGAUGGAUGCAGGGUCACACAGUGUAUCCUAGGCUGCCUUCAAGCCUGUGAUCCUCUUCCUUCCCCUCUCAAAUGCCGGGAUUACAGGCAUGAACCACUA